UUUUUAUAAAUAUAAAUAAAAAAUUAAAAACGUAAGUGUUACCAAACGACACCUUGAUAUUUUGUUUUAUUUUUUUUUUACUCUUUUUUAUGACUUCCAUGAACUACAAUGGAUCAUUGAAAUAUUCGAAUCUUCAUCAAACUUACUGACAACCAGUUAAAGUUACCAGAGCUUUCAAAUAUUCAUCUGAAUUUUCCAAUUGUUCGGAUAUUUUGGUCUUUUCAAUGAGAACAAUGCUAGGGAUUAAAAGAGUCGAAUCAAAAGCUGUCAAAAAAAUUUGUGCAGGUCAGAUUCAUUCUGGUGUAGUUUACAUAAUAUCAUAUUUAAAUUUAUUUUACAUAUUUUAAGUAUUCUAAAUUUUUUCUUUUAAUUAAUUCUACUCUUACCAAAUAACAAAUUAUCGAUUUGAUAUACUGAUUUUACAGCAAUCUUCUAAUGACUUGGAAUUUGAAUAUUGACAAAUUAUUAAAUCUUCAAGCAACUCGAGAAUGUUAACCGUUGAAUACACAAUAAAAAAAUUUGUUCAAUAUUAAAUAUUUAAAAGACUUGUACGCAAUCACCGCUCAUUUUGUUAAAAUCUAGAUUAAGCUAACCAUACGAGGUCAAAAGCCGUUUACUUGACAAUUUUAAAAAUUAUGUAUUCAAUUAACAAAAAUCAAGUUAAUAACAACAUUGAUAACAUUACACACACAAAAAAAAUUACUCAAAAAAUUAAAUAAGUGGAUCGUAUCUAUUUUUUUGAUGUGACUCAUCAUACCCCAUUAUUGAAUUUCACCAUACAUUUUUUUUUUUACACAAUUUUCAUAAUAUUUAUUUUUUCAAAACACAUAACUUUUAAUAUAAGCAUCCAAGGUCAUGUACAUAUGAAAUGGUUGAAAUUAAAGCCCAUUGAUUGUACUCUGUUCUAUCCCUGACUUUAGAGGUAGUUGAAGAAAAGCAAGACACUUGCUUUUGCUUGAACUAAAGUUUGUCUUUCUUGUGCAACUAAGCUAACAUUUUCAAACCUCCCAAUCAUUAAACCCAAAACAACAAAACAACACAUAGGUAAUUCUUCUACAAAUGCUUCUCUCCUCCACUUUCACACCUCUCUCCUCUCCUCCCCUGUUUUCCUCUGUUUUCUCGCCUCCCUUGUUUUUCUUCUCCAAAUGCAUCUCAAAUUCAACAAAUCUUUCCAUUUUAUUGUCAUUUUCAUCAUAUUUUCCAUUUUCGCAAAUGAAACUCUAUCUGUAGACCCAAAUUUUGAGGCCUGUAUGCCUCGAAAUUGUGGGAAUGGUCCAAAUAUAAGUUACCCUUUUUGGAUUACUAAUUUGCAUGAGUCUUAUUGUGGCCAACCAAACUUUGAGGUCACUUGCAAUGGCGGAAACCCGGUUGUUGCGAUAUCCGAUGAUGAUUAUGUCAUUGAAGAAAUAUUCUACACCAAUAAUUCAUUUCUCUUGGCCAAUUCCAUGGUUUAUGAUUUUGAAAAUACUUGUCCAAUUCCUCUGCAUAAUUUUAGCAUUGAGGGAACUCCAUACAACUAUACUCUUAGCUAUGCCGAUCUCUUCUUCUUCUACAAUUGUUCAACGUAUCCUAUCAAAGAACCGACAUAUCGAGUUGUUUGUGCAAGCAAUGCUACCGAUUUAUCAUUUGCUGUUUUUCACAAGGAGGUUUUGGAGUAUGAGAAUUAUUCGAUUGACUCGUGCAAUUCUUGGGUGAAUGCGCCUGUGGAGAGUGGAGAUAUCAAGAAAUUGUUGGAAAUGAAUUUCACUGAUGUUUUGAGAAGAGGGUUUGUUUUGGAAUGGAGUGAAGUUUAUUGUAGUGAUUGCAAGAGAAGUGGAGGGAACUGUGGUUCUAUUAAUAACAAAUUUACCUGUUUUUGCUCUGAUAAACAACAUUCCAAAACCUGUGACGACGGUAAGCGUAGUGAAACUUAGUCCUUUUUAUCAUUCUUUCUGGUCGGACCAUGUUUCACUAUCUUUUCUAAAAUCAAUUGCUGUUUAAAAAAUAAUCCACUUAUGUUUUUUUAUGACAUUCGUCUAGAUCCAUCCACGGUCCGCAUGCCUGUUUUUAGAGUGGUUGUAGAGUCGUGUUGUGUAUCCAACAUUUUUCAAUUAUUUCUUUCUUUCUUGGUGCAAAUUUUAGUCCUGCAGGCAAGAACUUGUAUCCUUAAUCUUGUGUCCAUUCGCUCUUUCUUUCUUUUAUGUAUAUAAGUAAAUUUUUACAAGUAGACCAUUAAAAUGAAAAUUAGGGUAGAGAUUACAUCAGAAUUCUCAUAUAUUCCACUAUUAGAGUUUGCAUUGUGAUAAUAUUUGUACUAAUGGUUUAUCAUGUUUCAUGAUCAU